UCUCUUGCCUUCAACCAUGUCUGCCGUAGCUCGUACGCAUGCUUCCCGCGCGCUCUUGCGGCAGACGUCUCUGUCCGCACGCCUCUUUGCGACCUCGGCAUCUCGCAGCGCAUUGAGCGCUACCGCUCUGCCUCAUGCCGAGAAGCUUUCCGCGGAGUGGAAGGGCACCAGCAUGACGGGAGGGAAAACGAAGAACUUCAUCGGGGGCGAGUUUGCAGAGAGCCAGGCCUCAGAAUGGGUAGAUGUGGUGGAUCCGUCUACCCAGACGCUGCUUUCGCGCGUCCCGCAAACUACCCAAUCCGAGUUCGAGCAGGCUGUCGAUGCUGCGUCAGAGGCUUUCAAGACCUGGAGCCGGACCAGCGUUCUCAAGCGGCAGAACUUUGUCCUCAGGCUGCAGCAGCUUUUGAGGGAGAAUGCGGAUGCUAUCGCGAAUAGCAUCGUACUCGAGCAAGGAAAGACCCUCCCUGAUGCGCACGGAGACCUCCUUCGUGGGCUUCAAGUCGUCGAGACCGCGGCAGCAGCGACUACGACGCUGAUGGGGAACAUCUUGGAAGUGAGCAAGGACAUGGACACCUACGCUCGCAAGGUACCUCUCGGCGUCUGUGCCAGCAUCGCACCCUUCAACUUCCCGGCCAUGAUUCCCCUUUGGACCAUUCCUAUGGCCGCAGUCACCGGCAACACCCUCGUUCUCAAGCCUUCAGAACGCGAUCCGGGCGCUGCUAUGAUUAUUGCAGAGCUCUGCCAGCGCGCAGGCCUCCCACCCGGUGUUCUGAACAUCGUUCACGGUGGUGUGCCGACCGUGAACGGCCUGUGCGAUCACCCUGCUAUUAAGGCCAUCAGCUUUGUUGGCGGUGACAAAGCUGGUAAGCACAUAUACGACAGGGGAACUCAGAAUGGCAAGCGCGUGCAGGCCAAUCUCGGCGCGAAGAACCACGCUAUCAUCAUGCCCGACGCGAACCAGAACCUGGCGCUUAACUCUGUCAUCGGUGCUGCCUUCGGAGCUGCUGGUCAGCGCUGCAUGGCUGUCAGCGUCGCCAUUUUGGUGGGCAAAGCAGCCGACUUCCUGCCGGAGCUUGUCGAACGCUCCAAGAAACUGAACGUCAGCGGUGGCUUCGAAAAGGGCGCUGACCUCGGUCCUCUCAUCUCUACUGCUGCCAAAGAGCGCGUGACGGGUCUGAUCACGUCUGCGGAGACGGAGGGUGGCGAGCUCCUUCUCGAUGGCCGAACCAUCUCCGUCAAUGGGUAUCCGGAUGGCAACUUUGUCGGUCCGACAAUCAUUGAAGCGGGAACAGAUAUGACUUGCUAUAAGCAGGAGAUCUUCGGUCCUGUGCUCGUUGUGCUGCGUGCGGAGACUCUGGACGAUGCCAUCGACAUCAUCAACGCGAACCCGUACGGGAAUGGCGCCGCCAUCUUCACUCAAUCCGGCCCGACAGGGCGCAAGUUCGAGGCGGAGGUCAACGUGGGGCAGAUCGGGAUCAAUGUGCCCAUUCCCGUUCCACUGCCGAUGUUCUCGUGGAGCGGAAACAAGGGCUCGUUCCUUGGAGAUGUUGGCUUCUACGGGCCGAGUGGAAUUAACUUCUAUACGCAGAACAAGACCACGACUAGCCUGUGGCGGGCGGAUGACGCUAUCGGAAAUCGCGCCUCUGUGGUUAUGCCGACGCACGAUUGAGUGGAUAGCACAUGCUAGUGCGCACACGCACUGCAUCUCUUUACACUGUACAAAUACUACUGCAAAAAAUUGGCUGGGAGUGACUGUGGGUUCCUGUGGCGCUUCAAACGUCGUACUUUGCACAAUGGCCAUCGACCCGGUCAAGGCACC